AAAGGGAGCAAAGCAGUACUUGCGUCGUGUUCUGUUCUCUUCUGUUCAGCGAGUAAAGACAAAAAUCGCAAAACCCAAAAAUCACAUCGCAAAAUCAAACCAAUCCGAAUGACAUGAGCGCGUGCAUCCAAACCUAGCCGCUAUCGCCGCCAUGUCCCGCACCGCCUCCUCCGCACACUGGACCUCCGACGCCGUCCGCGGGGGAUCCCUACGUCCCGUCGACCUUGACUCCGGCACCAACGGCUGGGCCUCACCUCCCGGCGACCUAUUCCUUCUCCGCUCUCCGAAUUACUUCACCAAACACCAAAAAUCCCCCGCCGGCGACUACCUACUGGCACCGGCAGGUAUGGACUGGCUGAAAUCCCAAUCGAAGCUCGACAACGUCCUCGCUCGGCCCGACAACCGCGUGGGUCAGGCCCUCCGCCGGGCCCAGGACGAAGGCAAAGCCCGGAAGAGCUUCAUCUUUGCCGUCAACCUUCAGGUCCCGGGGAAAGAGCACCACAGCGCGGUAUUCUACUUUUUCACUGACGAACCGGUUCCCUCCGGUUCACUCCUGGGGCGGUUCAUCGAUGGAGACGACGCGUUCCGGAACCAGCGGUUCAAGCUGGUAAACCGGAUCGUGAAGGGACCGUGGAUCGUGAAAAAAGCGGUGGGGAAUUACAGCGCGUGCUUGUUGGGAAAGGCGCUAACGUGUAACUAUCACAGGGGACCGAACUACUUCGAGAUUGACGUGGACAUUGGGAGCAGUGCCAUCGCCAACGCUAUCCUGCGCCUCGCGUUGGGCUACGUCACCAGCGUCACCAUCGACAUGGGAUUCGUCGUGGAGGCGCAGGCGGAGGAGGAGCUCCCGGAGAGGCUCAUCGGAGCAGUCAGGGUUUGCCAGAUGGAGAUGUCCGCUGCCACAGUUGUCGAUGCGCCCAACGCUCCGCGCGGCAACAAGGUCAACCACCUCAGUGUUCUUUCUCAGGAUUCAGAGAUGAUGGUGGUCUUGUCAGCCACUAGAACCCAAAGGAGAAUAUGUCAUUCCUGGAUUUACUCAACCUCAAUAAGAAUCAACUUUAGUGCAUCAUAUCAACAUGAAGAGAAAAUUCCAAAAUAGCUAUUACCAGAACUAGCACACUGUAAAGGUUCUUUCUGUACCUCAUCAUCAAUCAUUUC